AUGUCUAGUGUGAAAACGAGACGACAAACUGCUGCGGCAUCUACACCUUCGACUCCAACGCCGGCAGCUCGAGAACAAGCCAUCAUGAAUGGUAAUGGUUCAGCACACACUUCCGAGGAUGAGGAUUAUCCUAAAGAGAACAUAUUUCUCUUCUGGCCCAAUGUCAUCGGAUACUUUCGAAUCGUUCUCGCAUUAGUAUCCCUCUAUUACAUGCCCCUUCACCCGCGCACCUGUACCCUUCUAUACAGUGUCUCCUGUCUUCUCGAUGCUCUUGAUGGAUAUGCCGCCCGGGCCUUUGAACAAUCUACAAAAUUCGGUGCAGUAUUGGAUAUGGUGACAGAUCGCUGUACCACAGCUUGCUUGCUCGUCUUCCUUUCUUCUGCCUGGCCUCGAUGGGCUCUCCUCUUCCAAGGACUCAUCUCUUUGGACUUGGCUAGUCAUUACAUUCACAUGUAUGCGACCCUUGUUAUGGGAGGAGGAGAUACUAGUCACAAGCAAGUGGAUAAAUCGAGAAGCUGGAUUUUAAACUUGUACUACACGAACAAGACGGUCCUCUUCCUCUUCUGUGCACUCAACGAAGUCUUCUUCAUCGCCCUCUACCUCCUUUCCUUCUCCUCUCCCCUUCUCUCGCCAUCUCUCCUCCAAGUCACCACCAGUGGUGAUACUGGCAGUACACUUGUCCCUGGAAACCCCUCCAACCCAUCCGCAGCUUCUCUUUUUGCCAACCCCUACAGCGCUGGCGCCUUGGAGCUUGCGCGCGCAAAUAAAAUGGACUCAUUCUGGCCAUGGGUCAUCGCUGGUAUCUCCUUCCCCGUCAUGGCUGGAAAACAGUUCAUCAAUGUCGUACAAUUGGUCAAAGCUAGCCGAUGGUUGGCCGAAGGAGAUAUUGAAAUGAGGAGAGCAGCAGGAUUACCCAGACAGAGAAAGACAAAAUAA